AUGUCUUUCACCCAAAUUGCCAAGCUGGUCGGCGACCGGUGGCAGAAGCUAGAUCCAGGAGGUAAAGAGCCGUUCGAAGCCCAGGCCAACGCCGCUAAAGAGAGGUACAACAUACAACUGUCGACGUAUCGCAAGACGGAUGCAUACAAGGAAUACAUGCAAUACUUGGCAGAUUUCAAGAGCAAGCAUGGACAGCCCGCGGAGCCAAAAAGACCUAAACUCGAAGCUGAAUCUAGUGGGAGCAUCAUAUCAACCAAGUCAUUAGAACUCCAACCUGAAGCUGUGCCUCAGGCCUCUGGACACACUCGAGGUGGCUCUGUGGGAUCUGUUGCAUCUUCAUCGCUUACUGGCGGAGCUAUGCAAUCAACUCCUUCCGUACCCGUGAUGCCAUCGCGCCCGCCACUGCCUUCCUCCCGCAGCGGUUCGCCUCCCAUUCCUGCGACUAGAGAAUACUUCCGCCCAGGACUGUUAUCAAGCCACAGUUCUGUCUCAGAUGAGUCGACUACUGUGCGAAGUGAGUUGCCAGAACCGGUAAUGCGGACGGCAGCUCUUUCCCUGGGGGCUGGUGCCUCGGUGCCACCACCACUAUCAGCACAAACUGCCACUGCUUCGCCAACGGAAAACAUGACAACUCCCGACCAUCUCGAACGUUCUAGAAUAGCAUACUUUCUUCAACAGCAGAAUCCCCCCACACCCCCCUUCGGCCCUCAAGGAAUCAUGAGUGCCCCGGCUCACUUGUCGCCUACAAUGCAGGAGAUGACCUGGAGACAGCAGCAGCGAGGCUCCGAUCCCAGAGCAGCAUACCAGGAGAUGCCGAGGACACUGCAUGCUUCACUCCCCUACAACACCGCGACACACCAAUUCCAACACCCAUCACGAUUACCAAUGAUGUCGUCAGACCGACCACCAGACUUUUCGCAAGGCGCAAGCAUGCGGACGCUACCACCACCCCGGCCACCAUCCACCACCAGCCAAGCCUUGUCUCAAUUGGGCUCACCUUCGCUGGGCGAAGAGCCACCGUAUUUCCGACGACCUGUGCGAGAAGACGCACGACCUCAAUUAGAUCGGUCAGAGAGCGAUGCCGCCAGCACCCUGGCUGGGCUAGCAGCUGGAGUUCCCCGGUCGGACACAGCGAAACCUAUAAAGCCUCCUCCCCCACACACAGCGCCCUAG